AUGCUUGGGAACUUCCAUCAUUAUCUUGCAUUCUUCGAGAAUAUUCCGGCGGACAUGUACCAGUCUUCUUGCGUUGCACUCCUCUCGCGAUUGUUUCGCGGACAUCGAUCGCUAGCCCAACUCCUUCAGAUUCCACCCCUCGGUUGGUGCAGUGGAUCCCAGGUUCAGCAUUCUAUCAUAGAUCAUUCUGAUCAACUGAUGCGUUCCCUAUUCCGAGGAUACCGUCCUAUUUUCAAGCCUCAUUAUCUGGGGUGGGAGGCAGAAUCACUGCUGCGCCUGACUCCUUCCCAGCAAAUGUGCUACUACGAUGGCAAAUUGUUUGGUGGAUACAUUGCCUUCCUGAUGGACCGUAUUCUCGCAAAUUGUUGCAAAUGUGACGAACCAGCCUUCACUGCCUACCUGAAUACAUCGUUUAUUCAGUCUGUUCCACCGUCAGCACCAAUUCUUCUCCGUGCAUGGCCGGACAAAAUUGACGGCGGCAAGAUUUUCCUCAAAGGGUCAAUACAAAUCCCCGCGGAGGCACCUCAUGAAUGGGUCGACGCUAUUCGAACAGACGCGCUCUUCAUCAGGCCAAAACCCUGA